AUGGCAACAACAACAACAACAUUAACAACAACAUGUCAAGAGCACAACAGGAGGUCAGAGUUCAUAUGUUUCGAUUGCAACAUGUUGGUGUGUCCAGUGUGUUUGGGAAGAGGAUAUGCUCAUAAUGGACAUGAAGUCGAUCAUAUUGAUAACAUCAAGAAGAGAAUGAUCGAGAAGGACAAGAAGGAUAUGUGGUGUAAACCGAGGUUGGAUCAUCUGUGGAAGACACUUCAACUGUGUGCCGGAUCAUAUCAAUCAUUGCAACAGACUCAUGCAUCAAUCAGCAGUCACUUUGAACAACUGAUCAAAGUGAUCAUCGCUGAGGAGCACAAGAUCAAGACACCAAUCAAUGUUCAAAUGUCACACAUUCAAUCAACAAUCAACAACAUCAUCAAUGAGAUCAAAGACAUCAAUCAUAUCAUCAACAUACGACUACCAACAAAUAACAACGACAACGACAACAGUACUAGUGAAGUUGAUGAUACAACACAAUUGAUUGAAUCGAUCACAUCAUGCAAAUCAAUCGAUGAGUUCACAGACAAGAUCACUCAAUCUGAUAUGGACACACAGCAACAACAACACAAUGUCAAUGAUGAUGAACUGAUGUCAAUUAUCAUUCGUCACAACCAACACACUCAUCAAGUGCCUUAUGAUGAGAAGAUGUUGCACCCAAGUCGUAUAGAGAUUGAUGUCAACUUGUUGACCGGUGUCAGGAAGCAGAUCGAGUCGUGUUUCAAACUCAUUCAACCUGGACGUGCCGGCAAAUAUGAUGGCCAUAUCAUGUCUCUGGCUGGCGAUCGAUGCUCAAUGUUCUCUCUUGAUACGUUCAAGUGGACAUCAUUAGACAGGGCGUUCAAACGAUCAUUCGUGAGCUCACAUAUAUCAAUGGUAUACGCCCGAGGCCAUGUCUAUGUGUUUGGCGGAUCGGACGAAUAUGACAUAACAUCAUACUCUCGAUACUCUCUGUUCGAUGGUCAAUGCCACACUGCACCAUUGCCAAGAGAGGAUGAGCCAUUUUCCGCCACAACUGCAUGCUACGAUGGUCAAAAGUACAUCUACAUCAUCUGUGAAUAUCGAACAAAAGAUAACGAUGGGGUAUACCGACUUAACGUCUUGACUCUGGAAUGUGACAUCUAUGGAAAACUUCCAUACUCUAUGAUGAUGGCCAGAGCCAACUUCAAGGCCGACUCCAACUCACUGGUUAUCGUUGGUGAAGAGAAGAUCCUCUUGUUCAAUAUCGAGACAAAGGAGUCCAAUUAUUUCUACAUACCAUCAGAGACUGAACCGGGUGUAGUCCUUUAUAUCUACGAGAGUUGCUUCGAUGGCCACGAUAACUUAUACAUGAAGGCUGCUCUUGGCGAAAUCGAAGACGAUGAUGCCGAUCGAUUCGUUCGAAUCACAUUGUCCACCAAGAAAAUAACCAAGUUGGCCAUGUGGCCAGAGCACAAAGAAUACCAUCGCUUGAUCUAUGAUCAAUGGUUUGGAAUCAUCUUUAUUGGUGGAAGAGGCAAGAACUUUCGAUACUCAAUACCAGAUGAUCAAUGGACUCUGAUCACCUAUGACAAUGUCCCUUUUAAAGGUAUUGCACAGAAAGGAGCAUGCUUGAUUCGUGAUCGAAUCGAUGAAGUCAAUUUAACAGAACCA